CUUUCUCCGCUGCAGUCUCACUGUCACAAGCUGCUCCUGCCUCAUGGCAUCAAUGGCGGUGGCCCUCAUCCUGGGUUGGUGGCUGGUGGCAGCGAGCAGGGCACAGCAACUGCCCCGACCCUCCCUGUCGCUGCACCCCAGCCAGGGGGUGUCCCUGGGGGACACUGUCACCCUGCGCUGCCACAUGCCCCGCAUGGCUGCCUGGGUCCAGCUCUGGCUCAAUGGAACUCUGAGAUUUAACAAGGAAAAAGACAAGGAGCAGGAUGCAGCUGAGUUCUCCUUUGCUGUCACAAACCUGGAGGACGCCGGGACAUAUCAGUGUCGGUACCAGGUGUCAGAGCCACUGUGGACAUCAAAUCAGAGUGACCCCGUGGAGCUGGUGCUGACAGGUGCCAAGGGGCGGUUCCAUGGGAACCUGGUGGUGGCGGUGCUGAGGGGCUGUGCUGCUGUCUUGGUCUUCAGCCUGGGCCUCUACUUCGUCUUCGAUGCCCGCAGCCUCUGGACAUGGAGAGAUGAGAGUGCUGGUGUCACCCCUGAAAUGCACAAGUCAGUGCAAUUGCAGGUGCCCCCCACAGACAACCAGGAUCUGACCUACGCCGAGAUGCCAGCUGCCAUCCCGUGCUCCCAGCCUUCCACUUCCCCCACUGCCCCCCAGUCCCCUGUCAUCUACACCACAGUCAGCACUGAUUUACCGCGCUGAUGGGCCUCCCCAAGUGUCUCAUUUCUGGGGUGUGUGGAAGGGGACAGACCUCAAAUUCCCUGCUUGGGACUCCCUGAUGUCCUCUUCUAACCACAAACCAGAUAACCUCCCCAAAUCUAACAAUCCCACAUUCUCACUGGUGCAUCCCAAAUGCUUCCCAGACACACCGAAUCCCUAAAUGCUCAUCUCUUACCCCAAAGUCCUUCUUUAUCCCCUCAAAUCUCUUAACAGUCCCUGAGACCACCAAAUCCUCUCCCAUCCGCUCCCAAACACCACCACCAUUCCUGUAAGAACCCCUCAUCUGUCCCAGUCUAUCCCUCCUCUGGAGAUCCCCAGACAUGUCCCUUUGCUCCCCUUCCAUCUCCCACUGAUGCUCGAUAGAUCCCCUAUAGAUUCUCCAAAAUUUCCAUCCCCCUUGUCAUGGAGGAACAAAAGCAUGACACUCCUAUUCUGUUCCAGUUUUAUCAUUGGUCUUUGGGUGCUGAGCAAUUCCUUUGUGCAUCACUUGCUUUGGAAAAAUAUAUUCAUAUAUCUGAUCAUCAUUACUGUUAUGUCUCUCUUCGUUUUCGGUCUCAGUAAAUAGAUUUUAUUUGAACCUAC